GAAGCUCUCGCCCACCUUGCUAUAAAGCCCCCUCCCCCGGUCCCAACCGUCUUUCUGUUCCUUUAUUCUCCCCAAUUGCUAUCCCCGAUUCUACCACCACUCAAUCGCACAAAAUGUCUAACGAGCACACCAAGAAGGUCUACACCCUUAACACCGGUGACAAGAUCCCCGCUGUCGGUCUGGGUACCUGGCAAUCCAAGCCCAACGAGGUUAGAGAAGCCGUCAAGAAUGCGCUCCUGAAGGGCUACCGUCACAUCGACACUGCCCUUGCCUAUGGUAACGAAGCCGAGGUGGGAGACGGUAUCAGAGACUCGGGUGUCCCCCGCAGCGAGAUCUGGGUGACCACCAAGCUGGACAACACCUGGCACCACCGGGUGACUGAGGGUAUCGACUCUUCUCUCAAGAGCCUCGGCCUCGACUAUGUCGAUCUCUACCUCGUUCACUGGCCCAGCUCCACCGACCCCAGCGACCUGAAGAAGCACCUUCCCGACUGGGACUUCAUCAAGACCUGGCAAGAGAUGCAGAAGCUGCCUGCCACCGGCAAGGUCCGCAACAUCGGUGUCUCCAACUUCGGCAUCAAGAACCUCGAGAAGCUCCUGAACGACCCCAGCACCAAGAUCGUCCCUGCGGUCAACCAGAUCGAACUGCACCCCAACAACCCCUCCCCCAAGCUUGUCGCAUACAACACCUCCAAGGGUAUCCACUCCACCGGCUACUCCUGCCUCGGCUCCACCAACUCCCCUCUCUACCGCGACGAGACCCUCUUGAAGCUGGCUGAGAAGAAGGGCAAGACUCCCCAGCAGGUUCUGCUUGUGUGGGGUGUCCAGAAGGGCUGGAGUGUCAUCCCCAAGUCCGUCAGCAAGUCCCGCAUUGACGCCAACUUCGAGCUCGACGGCUGGGACCUGAGCGCCGAGGAGGUCAGUCAGCUGGACAACCUGGGUGACCGCUUCAAGAAGGCCUACGAGAAGGCCUUCAGGACCAUCCGGUCAAAGUUCCCCGAUGAAUUACAGCACUUCGAACAGGGCUCGGUUCGCCUCCAGCCCGCCUACGCGCGUAUAGUUAACCGCCCUGUCAAUCGGCUUCAGGCCAUCCGUCAAGCCCGCGGCCGCCAGUUCUCCACCCGCGCGGCCGGUUCUUUCGUCUCGUACAUCCGGAGCGGUCUACAAGGAGAGCACGUUGCUUCGAAGACAUCUCGCGUUGCUGCCAAUGUCGGUCGCUUGACCUCACGCGCUCCGUUCGCGUCGGCCCUCCGUCCGAACCUGACCGGCGGCACACUGGGUCGCACGGCGGGAGGCUAUGCCAUUGGAGCCGGCCGCUUCGGCGGUGCCCGGUACUUCUCCCAUGGCCCGGCUGCGCCCGCGCAGGUCAUCAACAACGUGUCUGUGGGCGUGCGCGCCUUCUUCCUCUCCGGACAGAAGGCUCGAUUCGAUGGUGUCGACCCCGUCACCGGAAACAAGCAGUACAAGGCUGUGAGCAAGCUCCAAGAUGAGGCCGAGCGGAAGAUGACCGCGAUCCCCCGCACGGCGCCGGGAUCCUUCAUCGACUUCCAGCUCUCCCCCACCAUCACGGCCUUCGGCCUGCAGAAGAACCUGGUCGCUACGGAAACUGGGGAGGUUCAGACCAUCAACUCGGACGGUCUCCUGGACAUGUUGUCCGGGGACUUCGCCCGUGCCCUGAAGGACCUUUCUGCCGUGCUCAACGACUUGAAGCGCCUGGCUUCACUGGGCGACUUGCCCAUGUCGCUUCACGACAAAUCCACCAUCCGAGUGCGGUUCCCCGGAUGCGAUGCGAACACUGUGGAACGCCUGUGUGACGAGGCCGGAGUUCAACGGGGCAAGAUCAUGCAGGACGAGGAUUUCGACAUCCGUACCGGUGCGGAUCUUGCUCUUUUGUUCCCCUUCGCACCCAGCAUUCCAGCAUCCCCGGAUGUGGCAGACUACUUCUACCACCCCAGCACCAUCAAGUCACAGGCGCCUGAUGUGGUAGACUGGCAUGCGAUGAUGUCGCCGGAGAGCGCCACAGACGCGUCUCCCGACCUCUCCAGGCAACCAUCCAACCAAGUCAGCUUCGAGGACGUGACCUUGUUCGCAGAGAACCCGUGGACCAGGUCGUCGUCAUCGGGAUAUUCGAGCAUCAACGCCAGCGAGCUUGGUGAUCGGGCCUUCUUCACCGAUAUCCCCAGCGUCGUGACUUCCUCGGGAUACGAGGGCUCCGAAGGUAUCCGCAAGUUCAUUGCGGAAUGUGAUAUUGCUGUGCGAGAUCAUUGA